UUCAUAACUUAAAUGCGUAUUAAAGAAAAUAACUGGGAAAGGUAUGAACUGGAGAUUGUUGUUCGUUUGCUUUUUCAAAUAAUAGCAAUUAAAAAUCAAACACAUGUUAGAAGUGAUGUCUGCUCACCCCUUCCUUUUUGCUGAGUAUUAUUAUAAUUAAUAAAGUGUCUGAGUUACUUCAGUUUUCAGGUAGCCCAGGAGUUAGUUUACAUCUGAAAAACUAAGAGGAGUUUCUCAAACCCUUAGUUUAUUGUUCCGUUUGGUACAGAUGCCCAUUCUGCUUUGUGGAUCUUCUUAGAGAAGGAAUUGCACAGCUGGUGCCUUUCCUGAAAUAAAUGAUAAUUGGUACGGCAGAAUACAAAUGAAGAAAUUUGAAGAUAAACUCUUUGACUCCACAGCAUUUUAAACGAUGUAAAAAUACGUAUUUCACCUGUCUUGGGCAUCGUUGAAAGUCUGGAUUUGUGAAACUACAGUUGUAGGAGUUGUAAAACUGCUGAUUUUGAUGGCAAUUCUAAUCAAACUUAAAUUGUUUACAUUUCAGUCAUUUAAUUACAAAAGAUAAUGGUAGCAUGGGCAGUAUAUAACCCAGAUAAUUUCUUUGAAAAUCAAGGUAGAAUACUAACUAUAGUAUAACUUGAUUAAUAAAGUGACAAUUUUUGCUGAGUUGUGAGAUGUUCUACGUGUUUCCUUGCUUUCCAAUAUAAAGUGAUGCAAAAAUACUCUUGCAAAGGGCAACAUGGAAAUCUUUAAAAUAGAUGCCUCCCAUAGUAAGAUGUAGUAGAAACUUCAGAAUGAAGUCUUCCUGGAUUUGCAUAUAAAUCUGUGGUGACGACUGUUCUCAUUCCACACAGCUUGAUAGUUUAACUACCUAGUACACUUUUAGUGUUGAAUAGUACUGUUAGUUCUUGCUUCUCAGGCAAAUUCCAGUGUAAUAACCAUGUUGUGCUGACAUACGUUCUACUUCUAAGACUGAUUGCGCAUCAGACUGUCUACUUCCUAUCCAAAAUUAAGCAUGGUUGGGGUGUUCACCUCAGCUGUCACUAUGUCUGGUAAAAUAAUACCAGAACAAAUUGCUUUGGGCUUUCUGUCUGGAUGAAGUCUCUUUACUCUCAUUUCAUUUUAUGGUCAUCCAAAAAAAAUGAGAUUUAUCAAAAAAUAAAUAAAUGAAGCACUUUCAGGCUAGGUAAGUACAUGGAUGCAUGCAUGUGCAGAACUCCAAAUGUUGGUCAAAAUUCCUCCAAAUUGAUUCCCAGAGUUAACCAUAGAAGUGUAAACUUGUUUUAAAAAAAAAGAGAAGCCUUAUUAUUUUCAGGGUGCCACUGAUCAGGUCUUUCCAAUUUCCAGUCUACCUUCCUUACUCUAUUUAUUGUAGUGACAGUGAGUGAUCUAGCUUAAAAAUAUAUUUUCCCCAUAGCUUAUGUAUAUAACUAAGAGGCAAGGAGAGAAAAAUUAGGUGCUGCUGUUCUUUUGCGGUGUCCUUGUGGGCCUUUACCAGAAUGCCUCGGUAGAGGGUGUUAUUGCAUUGCAGUUUUAGCUCACUGAUGUUCUCACGCUGGUCUGAACAAGUAGGGCAUGUGUUUCUGUCUGGUUUUGAGGCCGUCUUGGUUGCAAAUGUUUUUGCAAAAAAAUAAUAGUUUGCUUCAGAGAGUUCCUCUUGCUGACUGAAAUCUUGAUGAUGCUCGGCGUGGACUGGGAAAACCGACUUGACAAACGUGCGUGCUGCUUGGCUGCUGGUAAAACAGGAAAUGGGAAAACUGGGCCUUUCCUUGGCAAAGGAUGACAUCGUUCAACUGAAAGAAGCUUACAAGUGGAUUAUUCAUCCCCAGUUGUCAGAGAAGUUGGGUGUUCCCGCUGAUGGAAAGAGUUUGUUUGAAGUUAGCGUGGUCUUUGCUCACCCAGAAACAGAUGAGGAGUGCCGUUUCCUAGCCACAGCCUGUCCGGAUUGUUUCAAGCCAGCAAAAAACAAACAGUCUGUUUUCACUAGAAUGGCAGUAAUAAAAGCCUUAGAGAAGAUAAAAGAAGAGGAUUUUCUCAAGCAUUUUCCGUGUCCCCCGUGUUCACCAAAGAACCUCUGUGUUGCACUGGAAAUUCAGUGCAAUAAUGGUGCAGUGUUUGUGGCUGGAAGGUACAAUAAAUAUUCAAGGAAUUUACCUCAGACUCCCUGGAUUAUUGAUGGGGAGCGAAAGCUGGAGUCUUCAGUGGAAGAACUGAUUUCAGAGCAUCUAAUGGCAGAAUUCAAAGCAGACAGCUUUAAUUUUUCUUCCUCUGGAAGAGAAGAUGUGGAUGUACGAACACUAGGCAAUGGAAGGCCCUUUGCCAUCGAGCUUGUGAAUCCUCGUAGAAUACAUUUUACUGCUGAGGAAAUGAAGGAACUUCAGCAGACAAUUAAUAACUCGUCAGACAAAAUACAGGUUCGAGAUUUACAGCUUGUCACCAGAGAGGCAAUUGGUCGUAUGAAGGAAGGUGAAGAGGAAAAAACAAAGACCUAUAGUGCCUUAGUAUGGACAGACAAAGCAAUACAGAAAGAAGAUAUUGCGUUUCUAGAUGAUAUUAAGGAAUUAAAACUUGACCAGAAGACACCUCUCCGGGUUCUUCACAGAAGGCCUCUGGCCGUAAGAUGUCGGAUCAUUCACACCAUGAAGUCUGAAUACAUAGAUGAGCAUCACUUUCGCCUGCAUCUGAAGACUCAAGCAGGAACCUACAUUAAAGAAUUUGUGCAUGGAGACUUUGGAAGAACAAAGCCAAAUAUUGGCUCCCUACUGAACAGAACUGCUGACAUUCUGGAGUUGGAUGUAGAAUCUGUUGAUGUUGACUGGCCUCCAGCCCUGGAUAAUUAGCUCUUCAAGCUGGGAUGAGGAAAAAACAGCUCCUAUGUCAUCAGCUGUUUACUGAACACUGUAUGGUAUUACAGCUCGGUUGCGAAGGGUUUUUGUCAGAUGUUUGGAUCAUGUUGAUCCGACAAAGGAUGUUGUUAGUUUGAAUCAACUUCAAACACUCUGGAAUAGGUAGUGUUCAUUUAAUGUCUAGCCCUAUUUUAAUUCUUUCUGUGCAUACAACAAUUUUGGUAAGCUAAUGUAUUGAUAACAAAUCUUUUUUUAAAAAAAAUCCCUUAAGAAAAAUAAACGGUAUACUGCCUGCAAACGGCGUGCUAAGUGAGUACAUUAAAUGUGCUUUAUGCUGUACUGUUUGAAAUGUUUUAAUUAAAAAUCACCCUCCCUAAAGCCAGAUUUUUUUUUUAUUUUUUAUUUUUUUACUGUUUUUAUAUUGGAUGUUGUAGCUUUCUUGUCUGGAUGCAGGUAGCACUGAAUUGCCUGAAAUGCAGUCCUAGCAUUUUCUGAGCCCUGUUCAUGCAGGACUGUUUCACAAGAGGAGACUCUGAAAGCAGUAGGGUAGUGCCUGGAACGAGGUGAUGCUCUACCUUGUGCUUGCUGCUUUUUGAUCAAUGUUAGCUUCAGAGACAGACAGAUUGGCCUCCAAGUGCUUUUCAAAUGGAAACACAGUUUGCAGAUAAAAACUUUGCACUUAAAACUGUUUUUCUCAUUGUAAAACAUCAGCGACGCUUCCUAGAAACUACGCUUUGAGGUAGUAGUGGCCUCAGCAGCUCUUUGGCCUGGUUACAGUCUUCACGCACAGGAUUUCCCCGUGAGUCACCAAAAGAUAGGGAAUUCCUGGCAAUGCAUGAUGGAAUUCUAGAGAAAAAUAGGGAUACCAGGAACCCCGAAGUGCAAACAAAUAUAAAACGUUCUGAAGAAUUUUGGUGUUAAAAGACCAAGACAGAGAUAAAAUGCCUUGUUUUGCAGUAUGGUUGCAGCAUGCUGCAUUUUUUCUAGUACCUAGCCUUGGAUGGAUACCUGGAUGUUAAUUCGGUUAGGAAGAUGUUUCUGCUUACCUGAAGUACAAAAGAGUUACACUGUCCUCAAGAAAUUAAGGUUUGGAAUUUAAGGGCUCUUCAUUAACGAACAUUUCAGAGAUUGAGGGUAAUUAUUUUCCAGGAAAAAACAGUUUAGGGACAGGGAAGAUGUGUUACACUGAGAUGUGUUACCUUGAAGUCAGCAGUGCCAGGACUUUACAGUAGAGCAGAUGCACAGUAACUUUAGUUGAAGGCUCAGAAAGGCACUAAUGCAUACAAAAUGUAUGGAGCGCCUUAAAAAAAAAAAAAGUGCCUAAAAAAGGAGUGCCUAAAAACUCAUCUUGAAAAAUUAGUCUAAA